UCAAAUUACAAUUUCUCACCAAAUUUUCAAAGAAAUAUCAAGUAUGAACCCAAAUGAGGCACCCCCUUCUCAAAUUGAGACAGUCGAGCCCUCAUCUCAGACUGAGGCACCCCCUUUGUCUAAAGACGACGAAACCCCAUCUAAAGAUAAGGCACCCCCUUUGUCUCAAGACGACGAAACCCCAUCUAAAGAUGAUGAUGAGGCACCCCCUUUGUCUAAAGACGGCGAAACCCCAUCUACAGACAAACCUCCCAUAGCUCAUCAAAUGUCAUACACUGAUCAUAUUAUGUCACGCCGUGAAGAAAAAGGAGUUGCCUAUGCAGCUUUAUUUGCUCUGUGCUGCUGCUUUUGCUGUUAUGGAGCCUGUGAAUGCUGCCUCAGUAUCUUCUGUUGUUGCUGUUAAACAGAAGCUCGAAACUUUGUACUUCCUCCGUUUAUAUUUACUUUGAACAUUCUAAUAACACACGUAGUUUAAGGUGGGAAAUAUUUAGAGAACGUUAACAUAAACAAAUCAAUUAAAAUAACUUAAACACCGGUAAAGGGAGAAAAAUAGGAUUGUUAAAGUAUAAUUUAUGUUGAGUUGUUCGUUUACCUUUUCUAAUCUCUUAUUUUAACUACGUGUCAAAAUAUGUUUCAAGAAUAAAUGUAAACGGAGGAAGUAUGUGUAUAAACUGAAUUGUAUAUCACUCUACUCAAAGUCGAAGGAUUUGUAUGUAUUUGGAUCAAGAGUGGUUUGUAUCAUACUUAUGCCAUGUUUGUAUUCAUCAUCAAAAGAAUUGUAUUUUUUUUUUUUUUUUUUUGAAAGAAAAAGAAUUGUAUUUUUGAAAGUUCAUCUAUGUAAUUAUGUAAAUGAUUGGAUAUUUUUUUAACAAGUACUACAAAAUCAAGUGGUUUAAGUUUCCUAAA